GCCCAUCAGGCUAAACAUAACGGCCAUCCUGCGAGAGGGGGCUCUGUAUAACCGUCAGGUGUAGGGGGAGCUACGCCGGUACAACACAAUAUAAUGCAUGCACCUGUGCCUCAUAUCAGUUGUGCCACUAUACUCCAGGAAUUAAUCACUAUGCCAACUGUCAGUCACUUUGUUGACAUAAAAAACUAGCUGGGCCAGUGGGACACUUAUGAAGGCAGCUAGAGUGGAGAGGUAUUGUAAUGUGUGCUGUGUGUGCUACUGUAAAACAGAAUGGAGCAGAUAGUGGAGGCGGCGGGUGAGCCCUCCUCGUUCCUGCAGUGGCAAAAGGAGAUGUGGGAGCGGGACCUCCAGGAGGAGCUUGCCCAGGAGGAGCGCUGGCGUCUGGAGGGAUGCAUCAGUUCCGAAGAGGCCGCUCUCGCCCGCAUCACGGAGCGCAACCAGAAGACUGCACUGCUAAAGAAGGAAGAGACUGCCAAGAUGAUGCAGAGAUACGCAAACAAGCAGUUGCAGGAGGAGAAAGAGAUGAGACCUGGUGCAACAGGUGGCAGAUGGACACAAAAACUCAAAAGCAGCUAAAGUGAAGCUGCAGGAGUUCAAACAGCGUAUAGUAAAGGAAGUGUCGGAGCAGAGUGGGGAACUCCUUCGCCAGGCCCUGGAGGAAGCACAGGCAGAGCUGAGCAGGAAGUUUGAGAUCAUCAGUCAGAUCUGGGCCAUUGAGUCUGUCCCCCUCAUCAG